GCGGGCUGAGACUCGCGCGGGGAGCGGGCUGGGCCCCGGAACCCCCGGGAAACUUUCUGAUCGCAAGGAGAGGACGCCCGGCACUGCGCUGCUCGGGCGAUGCGCGGACCCACAACCCGGGACCCGGCGGCGGCGCGGACCCACAACCCGGGACCUGAGGCACUCCGGAUCCUAGUGCCGCCCUACCUCUGCCACUGACCAUGAAUGGAAUGGCCAAUGUGAAUUCCGCCAGCCGCCCACACUAUGCCUCCUCCAUUCCUGUGCCUCGAGCUUCCUCACAGACCAGAAUUCACACCCCAGGCGCAUCUCCCCAGCUUCGGCCUCGCCAACAGGCUGACUUGGCCCUGAGUCCCCAGCGAGGGGCCUCCCCAAGACGGGGCAAGGCUGCAGUCUCUUCUAGAAAUUCGUCCCCCAAGGCCUACAGGGGAAGAGGAACCCCCAGGGCUGCAGGGCCAACCAGGGAACUGGCUGGGAGUGUAGAAAGCCUUCCCAGCUCCCCCUGGAACAGCCCCAGGGUAACCCCCAAAACAAUCCUCUCCAGUCAGACAGGAUCCAGAAGAGCUGGGGAGACACAAGGCACCCAGAGGAAGAAGACCCAGGAAGGAAUUCCAGUUCGCCAGACCAGAGGAAGGAGCCCGCCCCAGACAAGCUAUCAUGGAGAAACACAAAUUCCAGGGCCUCCUGAAGGUCGAAUGCCUUCUGGCUACCAGGGAAAAGAUCAAAGAAACAUCAACUACAAAACCCCUAGGUGUCUGGAGCCAGACGAAGGGGAAGCUUCGGGGACUUCCUCUCCAGUGUGCAGCCCUGUGCAGAGCAUGAGGCCCUCCACUGCUCCUGGGGUUAUUAGCUUUUCCCCAGUCCAUCAGCAGAGCCAGCCAAUCACAGCCACGGUGGCCCCCUUUCAAUACAGAUUGCAGACAGACCAGGAACCUGGUCCUGUUCCUCAGGAAAGCUGGGCCCUUGAUGGAUAUACCAUCCCCGCUAGCAGGACUGAGGACAGCUUUUCCUGCAUGGACGCGCGGAUCGUCCAUGCGCUCCUCGCAGGCAGAAUGCUGGGCAGCAGCGUCAAGAACGUGCAGCCCGAGGUGGAGCUGAGCGGCGGCAGCGGCAGCGGCGGCGACGAGGGCGCGGACGAGCCUCGGGGAGCCAGCAGAAAGACAGCCGGGGCGGACGGCAGAGGCAUGCUGCCCAAGCGCGCCAAGGCGGCAGGCGGCAGUGGCAGUAUGGCCAAGGCCAGUGCAGCGGAGCUGAAGGUCUUCAAGUCCGGCAGCGUGGACAGUCGUGUUCCCGGCGGGCUGCCUGCCUCCAACCUGCGCAAACAGAAGUCACUCACCAACCUCUCGUUUCUCACGGACUCCGAGAAAAAGCUGCAGCUGUAUGAACCUGAGUGGAGCGAUGAUAUGGCCAAGGCGCCCAAGGGUUUGGGCAAACUGGGGCCCAAGGGCCGUGAGACUCCUCUGAUGUCCAAGACGCUGUCCAAGUCUGAGCAUUCGCUCUUCCAGCCCAAAGGUGGCUCUACGGGCGGCGCCAAGACCCCACUGGCUCCUCUAGCGCCCAGCCUAGGCAAACCUAGCCGGAUUCCUCGGGGACCCUAUGCGGAGGUCAAGCCUCUUAGCAAGGCGCCUGAGGCAGCGGUAAGCGAUGAUGGCAAAUCGGAUGAUGAGCUGCUUUCCAGCAAGGCUAAGGCGCAAAAGGGCUCAGGGACUGUGCCCUCUGCCAAGGGCCAGGAGGAGCGGGCCUUCCUCAAGGUGGACCCGGAGCUUGUGGUUACCGUGCUGGGCGACCUGGAGCAGCUACUCUUCAGCCAGAUGCUAGAUCCAGAGUCGCAGAGAAAGAGGACAGUACAGAAUGUUCUGGAUCUUCGACAGAACCUGGAAGAAACCAUGUCCAGCCUGCGAGGCUCCCAGGUGACUCACAGCUCUCUGGAGAUGUCUUGUUACGACAGUGACGAUGCCAACCCUCGAAGCGUGUCCAGCCUCUCCAACCGCUCUUCUCCUCUCUCUUGGCGCUACGGCCAGUCCAGCCCCCGGCUGCAGGCUGGCGAUGCGCCCUCUGUUGGGGGGAGCUGCCGUUCCGAGGGGCCACCAGCCUGGUACAUGCAUGGGGAACGAGCACACUACUCCCACACGAUGCCCAUGCGAAGCCCCAGCAAGCUCAGCCACAUCUCUCGCCUGGAGUUGGUGGAGUCCCUGGACUCUGACGAGGUGGACCUCAAGUCCGGCUACAUGAGUGACAGUGACCUCAUGGGCAAGACCAUGACAGAGGAUGAUGACAUCACGACGGGCUGGGAUGAAAGCAGCUCCAUCAGCAGUGGACUCAGCGAUGCCUCCGACAACCUCAGCUCAGAGGAGUUCAAUGCCAGCUCUUCACUCACCUCCCUCCCGACCACUCCCACCGCCUCCCGCAGGAGCUCCACAGUAGUGCUACGCACAGACUCAGAGAAGCGCUCCCUGGCGGAGAGUGGGCUCAACUGGUUCAGUGAGUCAGAGGAGAAGACCCCUAAGAAACUGGAGUACGACAGUGGCAGCCUGAAGAUGGAGCCUGGGACUUCAAAGUGGCGGAGAGAGCGGCCGGAGAGCUGUGAUGACUCGUCCAAGGGCGGAGAACUGAAAAAGCCCAUCAGCCUGGGACACCCAGGCUCCUUGAAAAAGGGCAAGACCCCACCGGUGGCUGUCACCUCUCCCAUCACUCACACGGCCCAGAGUGCCCUCAAAGUCGCAGGCAAGCCUGAAGGCAAAGCUACAGACAAGGGUAAGCUCGCAGUGAAGAACACUGGGCUACAGCGCUCCUCUUCCGAUGCUGGCCGGGACCGUCUGAGCGACGCUAAGAAGCCCCCCUCUGGCAUUGCUCGCCCCUCUACUUCAGGAUCCUUUGGUUAUAAGAAGCCUCCCCCUGCUACCGGCACAGCCACUGUCAUGCAGACUGGUGGCUCAGCCACUCUCAGCAAGAUCCAGAAGUCCUCAGGGAUCCCUGUCAAGCCAGUGAACGGGCGCAAGACGAGUUUAGAUGUGUCCAACAGUGUAGAACCUGGAUUUCUCGCUCCUGGAGCACGGUCCAACAUCCAGUAUCGCAGCCUGCCCAGGCCAGCCAAGUCCAGUUCUAUGAGUGUGACUGGGCGGGGUGGACCUCGGCCUGUUAGCAGCAGCAUCGAUCCCAGCCUCCUCAGCACCAAGCAGGGCGGCCUUACACCCUCCAGACUGAAGGAACCUUCCAAGGUCGCCAGUGGUCGGACCACUCCAGCCCCGGUCAAUCAGACCGAUCGGGAAAAGGAGAAGGCCAAAGCCAAGGCUGUGGUCCUGGACUCAGACAACAUCUCCUUGAAGAGCAUAGGCUCCCCAGAAAGCACUCCCAAGAACCAAGCCAGCCACCCUCCAGCCACCAAGUUAACAGAGCUGCCACCAACCCCUCUCAGGGCCACAGCUAAAAGCUUUGUCAAGCCACCCUCGAUAGCCAAUCUAGACAAAGUCAACUCCAACAGUCUGGAUCUACCAUCUUCCAGCGAUACCCAUGCUUCAAAGGUCCCAGAUCUGCAUGCUACGAGCUCAUCAACUGGGGGCCCUCUUCCUUCUUGCUUCACCCCCAGCCCAGCACCCAUCCUCAAUAUUAACUCAGCCAGCUUCUCCCAGGGCCUGGAGCUCAUGAGUGGUUUCAGUGUCCCAAAGGAGACCCGCAUGUACCCCAAACUCUCAGGCCUGCACAGGAGCAUGGAGUCCCUCCAGAUGCCAAUGAGCCUGCCCAGUGCCUUCCCCAGCAGCACCCCCAUCCCCACCCCACCUACUGCCCCAUCAGAGGAAGACACAGAAGAGCUGCCCUGGAGUGGAAGCCCCAGGGCUGGACAAUUGGACAGCAACCAGCGGGAUCGGAAUACCCUCCCCAAGAAAGGGCUCAGGUACCAGCUUCAGUCCCAGGAGGAGACCAAGGAGAGGCGGCACUCCCACACUGUCAGUGGACUUCCAGAAUCUGACGACCAGGCAGAGCUGCCAUCCCCGCCUGCGCUCUCCAUGUCCUUGAGUGCAAAGGGCCAGCUUACCAACAUAGUGAGUCCCACUGCGGCCACCACGCCGAGAAUCACCCGCUCCAACAGCAUCCCCACCCACGAAGCGGCCUUCGAGCUGUACAGCGGCUCCCAAAUGGGGAGCACCCUGUCCCUGGCCGAGAGACCCAAGGGAAUGAUUCGGUCAGGAUCCUUCCGAGAUCCCACGGAUGAUGUUCAUGGCUCGGUGCUGUCUCUGGCCUCCAGUGCCUCUUCCACCUACUCCUCAGCUGAGGAGAGGAUGCAAUCUGAGCAAAUUCGGAAGCUUCGUAGGGAACUGGAAUCAUCCCAGGAAAAAGUGGCCACCUUGACAUCUCAGCUGUCUGCCAAUGCUAACCUAGUGGCUGCUUUCGAGCAGAGCCUGGUGAAUAUGACAUCCCGCCUGCGACACCUGGCAGAGACGGCCGAGGAGAAGGACACUGAGCUGUUGGAUUUGCGAGAAACAAUAGACUUCCUGAAGAAAAAGAAUUCUGAGGCCCAGGCAGUUAUUCAGGGAGCACUGAAUGCCUCAGAAGCCACACCCAAAGAACUCCGGAUCAAGAGACAGAAUUCCUCAGACAGCAUCUCCAGCCUCAACAGCAUCACCAGCCAUUCCAGCAUCGGCAGCAGCAAGGAUGCUGAUGCCAAGAAGAAGAAGAAGAAGAGUUGGGUUUAUGAGCUUCGAAGUUCCUUCAACAAAGCCUUCAGUAUUAAAAAGGGUCCCAAGUCGGCCUCCUCCUACUCUGACAUUGAGGAGAUUGCCACACCCGACUCCUCAGCCCCGUCAUCCCCCAAACUCCAGCAUGGCUCCACGGAGACAGCAUCCCCUUCCAUCAAGUCCUCCAACUCGUCCUCUGUGGGCACCGAGGUCACCGAGCCCCCUGCUCAUUCAGUCCCCCACACUAGACUGUUCCAAGCCAAUGAGGAGGAGGAGCCAGAGAAGAAAGAGGUAUCGGAACUGCGCUCUGAACUAUGGGAAAAGGAGAUGAAGCUUACGGAUAUCCGGUUGGAAGCCCUCAACUCUGCCCACCAGCUGGACCAGCUUCGGGAGACCAUGCACAACAUGCAGUUGGAGGUGGACCUGCUGAAAGCAGAGAAUGACCGUCUGAAGGUUGCCCCCGGCCCCUCCUCAGGCUCCACUCCAGGGCAGGUCCCUGGGUCAUCUGCUCUGUCGUCCCCUCGCCGUUCCCUGGGCCUUGCACUCAGCCAUCCUUUCAGUCCCAGUCUCACAGACACAGACCUCUCACCCAUGGAUGGCAUCAGCACCUGUGGUCCAAAGGAAGAAGUGACCCUUCGGGUGGUGGUCCGGAUGCCUCCCCAGCACAUCAUCAAAGGGGACUUAAAGCAGCAGGAGUUCUUCCUGGGUUGCAGCAAGGUCAGCGGCAAAGUUGACUGGAAGAUGCUGGAUGAAGCCGUUUUCCAAGUGUUCAAGGACUACAUCUCUAAAAUGGACCCAGCUUCCACCCUGGGACUAAGCACUGAGUCCAUACACGGCUACAGUCUCAGCCACGUGAAACGAGUGCUGGACACUGAGCCCCCAGAGAUGCCUCCUUGCCGCCGAGGUGUCAAUAACAUAUCAGUCGCCCUCAAAGGUCUGAAGGAGAAGUGUGUGGACAGCCUGGUGUUCGAGACUCUCAUCCCCAAGCCCAUGAUGCAGCACUACAUAAGCCUCCUGCUCAAGCACCGGCGCCUGGUGCUGUCCGGCCCCAGUGGCACCGGCAAGACCUACUUGACCAAUCGGCUAGCCGAGUACCUGGUGGAGCGCUCAGGCCGUGAGGUCACGGACGGCAUCGUCAGCACUUUCAACAUGCACCAGCAGUCUUGCAAGGAUCUGCAACUGUACCUCUCCAACCUAGCCAACCAGAUAGACCGGGAAACAGGAAUAGGGGAUGUGCCCUUGGUGAUCCUCCUGGAUGAUCUGAGUGAAGCAGGCUCCAUCAGUGAGCUGGUCAAUGGGGCCCUCACCUGCAAGUAUCACAAAUGUCCCUAUAUUAUAGGUACCACCAACCAGCCUGUAAAAAUGACACCAAACCAUGGCUUACACUUGAGCUUCAGGAUGCUGACCUUCUCGAACAACGUAGAGCCAGCCAAUGGCUUUCUGGUCCGUUACCUGCGGAGGAAGUUGGUCGAGUCAGACAGUGACGUCAAUGCUAACAAGGAGGAGCUGCUCCGGGUGCUAGACUGGGUGCCCAAGCUGUGGUAUCACCUCCACACCUUCCUUGAGAAGCACAGCACCUCGGACUUCCUCAUUGGCCCUUGCUUCUUUCUCUCCUGUCCCAUCGGCAUUGAGGACUUCCGGACCUGGUUCAUUGACCUGUGGAACAACUCCAUCAUUCCCUAUCUACAGGAAGGUGCCAAGGACGGGAUCAAGGUUCAUGGACAGAAAGCUGCUUGGGAAGAUCCGGUGGAAUGGGUCCGGGACACACUUCCAUGGCCAUCAGCCCAACAAGACCAAUCAAAGCUAUACCACUUGCCCCCACCUUCUGUUGGCCCUCACAGCAUUGCCUCACCUCCAGAGGAUAGGACAGUCAAAGACAGCACCCCAAACUCCCUCGACUCAGACCCCCUGAUGGCCAUGCUGCUGAAACUCCAAGAAGCUGCCAACUACAUUGAGUCACCAGAUCGAGAGACUAUCCUGGACCCCAACCUCCAGGCGACACUCUGAGGGCCCAGCAGUCACUGUCACCCUGGAUGGCAGAAGGCUGGCUUCAGCGUCAUUAGCUCUCCUCUGCCCUCUUCUUUCAUAGCUCUGGCUCACCAGCCUCACCAGAGAACAGGAGGGAAGAAGAGGGCAGGAGGAGGGACGGGUUCUCGGUGCUGAACCUUUGAGAACUUCCUAGUAGGAAUUGGAGGGGUGGAGUUUGGGAACUCGUGCCCUUUAAAUACAGUUGCUGGCCUCCUCUUAUGACUUAGGAGAAAAGACGAUUCUGGGUCUUUUCUUCAGGUUUUGUUUCACCUACAAACUCUUGGGCUUUCUGGGGAGGGAUUCGGAAGAGAUAAACAAACAAACCAACUAGAGCAGUUCCAGGCUGGUUCUCAUGAACGCCUCUGAGACAGUCACACAUAGGGAAAUCUAAGGGAGUCAGGAAGCUCUACAGACUUUCUUGCAAAACCUUCCCAAUUCUAUCAACACUGCCAACAACCUUCCCCCAGAGAUCUGGCCAGAGCCCAGAAAAAAGAAGCAUGUGGUUUAACAAAAAACAAAACAAAACAAAACAAAAAAUAUAUGUGUAAAUCAACCUGUAGAAGGCAAAAAUGGCAAUUUGAAAAGAUGAAGCUGGAAAGGAGGGGACCCAGUUGCCAAGACGGAAAGAGAGCUGCCAGAUCUUGCCUUCUGGAUGACAAUGACAAUAGGAGACAUUGCAAGAUGGCUGCCAAUUUAAAAUGUCACCAAACCACAAGAGUAACAUCACAGCCUUCAGAGAAAGACCACGCUGUCUUUCUGCCCUCUAAUUGAACAUGCAUGAAAGUCAAUAAACCCUACUUUUUAAUUUUUAACUUUUAAAUUUUAUUUCUAUUUUUUUUUUCUUUCAUUUACCUAUUUAUUUGCCCCCUCUCUCCAGUUUCCUCACGUCAAUGAGAUACUUGGGUUUCCUUCCAGGGGAUAGUUUUGUUUUCCAAGUGGGUUUCUUUGGAGAAUUUAAUUCCAUACUAUUGGUACAAGUUAGAUACCUGCCAUGCCACCAUCCCUGGCAUCCUUGGGACUUAUAUGGGACAAGAAACAUUGGCUUAUAAUAGUAAGAGAAAAAGAACUCAGUCUCUUUAAUUUCUUUUGAGAAAGCACAUCUACCUGGAAGCUUGACUGCCAUCCUCCGGCAUGACAGACCUACACCGAACUUCAUCGUGGAAAGGGAGGAAAACCAAAAUACUGGAAACACACGCCUGUCUUAUGGCCUGUUAGGGCCCUCACUGCACUAUUUGGAUGGUAGCCACUUUGCCUGACUGAAUCAUGAUUCCCUAGCUAGCCCUUAUCAUUUGUCUUUGACAGGUGAAUAGUCACGUAUAAGAGAUAGAGCAACCAUGUAAGCUGCUUCAGAUCAGAAUAAAAGGCUCGAGGAGUCUGACUUGGUGGCCAAUAUUUGCCUUCCAAAGAGAUCUACGUCUUGCAGAAGUUGCCCUCUUCCUAACCCACACUCCUUCAUUUGACAAGUACUUACUGAGUAUUCAACCGAGUACCAGUCACUAUGGUUUUUUUUUUAAUUUAAAAAAAAAAAAAAAAGACAAGACUAGGUCCUUAAGUUCAAGGUCUAGGAGGCAAUGUUAAUCUCCUUUAAGUAACCACCCCCUUAUUAUCUGGACCUUGAAAGUCAUCUGAGAAAUGCAGGUGAAGCCCCAAGGAGUCAAUUAAAAGAAGCCUUUGAUUAGAUCUCCAGUAUGUUGUGGGCAGAAGAUUGGGGAUCAGUUUAAAUGGAGCCUGAAGAACUAUGGAAUCUUGCUUGUCUUGAGUGGGAAAAUCUACUUCUGUCACUUCUGGAAACCGGUGGAACCAGAUUCUAGGUUGAAAUGCCUCAUGGGCUAAUGUGUCAGCACUCUGCAGUUCAGGGAUAAAUACAGUAAGCCUGGACCUAGGAGUAUGCUCUUCAGACUUACCAGAAUCUAUACCAAGAUUCUGUGGACAAACCAACCUGGGCCAUUGUUCUACCCAACCAAGGAGUAACAUCUGACUCUUAACAGUCUAUUUUCAUUUAGAUUCUCAAGAAGGUCUAGCUUGUUCCUCUUGUGCCCUCCACCCCUAGCAAAAGCUUCUAUAUUCACCUGGUAGCCCCAGGGAUGACAGGGUCCUCUAUUCUGGAGACUAUUAUUGCUACUGCUGCUAAUUCCAUGAGCUAUGAAGCUCCCAAACUCAGCUGCAAAAUAUGCAAUUCUGUGGUGGGAAGAGGCUGGCUGUCCAAGGAUGGUGCUGAAAUCACUGCCUUAAGGUCUCUGCUGUGCAGAAUGAGAAGGCCCCCAGAGCUGGGUGUUCCAACUUAGAAGGAAGGGAAGACUGGAUAGGCCUACUUUGGACAUAGGUCUCUUCUGAACCCUAUUCAAAGCUUCAGUACCACGGCAAGGCUCAGACUUUCACUAACAUCGUACUGUUUGAGCUUUUCACUCUCUCUUCUGGUGCUGCCCAGCCAGUGCCUUCUGACACGGAUGUUACUGGCUACUUAAGAAGAAGGAAAGUAGGAAAUGCCUUCUUCCAUUCCAACUGCCUCAGUCUAUAGAGGGAUUGUCUCUGUGGUAACCAUGGAUACCAUCGAGGAUUUUAUUUGAGUCUGCAGCAAGUUGAUUCUGGAGGCCUCUCAUACUACAACUUCACUUCUAUUCCUGGGAUCCACCACCCUCUUCUCUCAGUUGACUGCUGCAUUUAGUUCAGGCCUCAAAUAGCUGUCCUCCAGGAAGUGUGUUCCCAUCUAGUGAAGUGUUCUUGAAGCCUCCACUUUCCUUCUGGAGCCUGGGACCCUGUUUACAGUUGCACAUCUGGGCCCCUCACAGUAGGAUCAACCAUCUCAAAAAAAGGAUCAUGGUUCUGUGGCAAUUGCAGAAGGUUGAGCCUCCUCCUGGUGCUAUAACCCCUCGGGAUGCUCACCCAGACUUCUAAGAAGCAAAAAGCCUGAGCUCCCCCUCACUGCCUAAUUCAUGGCAAAGAGCAAAUCCGCAGCAUUCCUCCCAACCUACAUGCUUCUCGGUUGAGACUACUAGGACUCCUCAGAAAGGAAAAACUGGGUCCCACAGCUAAAUUCUCAAUCUCCAGGCACCUUCAGAAGAAUCCAACCUAUCUAAUUCUGCAACUUUUGCUACUCCCUUUCCUUCCAACUCCUGAUUCCAUCCCUUACCAAAGUUGGCUGGUGAAGAACAUCAACCUUUGGAGGGCCUCAGCUCCAGGAGAGGCUCGCCAGAGCCCCUUGCACUUUGGGAUGAAGACCAAUAAGUUGUGUUCAAUGUGUUUGUUUCUCAGUCCCUGCCUAAGCACUAAAAUAAAAUACUAGGUAUUGGAGGCUGCUAUGGGACCUGAUGUCUGUGCAUCUCUCUGUCUCUGUCCUUCUCUCUCAAACACAGGAGCAGUUUGUUGUUUGUUAUCUUCUGGGGCUUUGUGGAACAUUAUUUUUGAUACCUACUUUCUGGUAACUCGUUGGUGCUUAUUUCUGUCUCUGUAAAUCCUUAUUCCAGUGUCUUUCAUGUAGUCUAAUUAUUUGGAAGGUAGAGGCUGGCAAGAAAGGAGAACGGGGUAAAAGAGAGAGCCCACAAGAUAAUCUUUCUUGGUUGGUAAACAUUUGGGUCUUGAAUUACCAACCUUCUAAUCUGUCCAUACUGAUGGACAUAAGACAAAAUAAUGAUUUUUCCCCUCCCCUUUUCAUUUUGUGCUGUGUGGUUUUCUAGUUUACAAGAGUCUAUAUGGACUUCAUGUACCCAUCUCCUUCCUGAUGGCUCUCAAAGAUGAGUCAUGCUAUUCAGAGAAGUGCCACCCUCUUCCAGGACUCUGAUGAUGAACUCUGUUUCCAGUCCUAUUCCAGAAAAGUAGUAGGUUCUCUCAACACCUCCCAUUACCCCAGAUGGAACCCGUUCCCAGCAGCCAGCAUGUGCACGGAGAGCACAUGCCUGAUCAGGUGAUCCAAAGGAUACUAGGGAUCUUAUUUAUGGCAAAGAGGUUUGGGAGAGGAAGUUUGCUGAUCACAAAUCUAAUCCAGGGUUCAAGUGUUGAAGUGACCCAGAUGGUUAAUUAAAGCUCCUUAUCACUCUGUAGCCUUUCUUCCCAUAGUCCUGUGCAUUAGCUAAAUUGAAGCUGGUAACUGAUCCAUGAGCCAACAACCCCCGUGGUAAGAAGUGAAAUGGCUGUAACAACAGGUUGGCUAAUAGAGGUGGAUAAGAUGGUUGUACCAACAGGUGUUGGUACCCCUUUUUUUUUCUUCUACUUUUGGGUAUUGAAUCCAGGGUUUCUCAUAUACUCAGCAAGUACCCCAUCACUCAGUUCUAUUGCUAGCCUUCACUUUGGCUUUAAAGACAGAGUUUCACUAAGUUCUCCAUAAUGGCUCUAUAUUCACUAAAUAUUGCAGGCACGCAUGCACAUGCACACAUGCCUCUCAAGUAAUUGGGAUUUCAACCUGCAUCACUCUGUAAUAACUAUCCAUGAGAGUUCCCAACAAGGAGGCCCAAAAAUGUGUUCUAAAUGGCCAAAGCCUGAAGACACUGUUCUUCAUCCCUGAAUCAGCCGAAUCAAUCCUCAACCUGCUCAGGGAUAACAGGGCCACCAGCUUGGCUCUCCCCACUGCCCAGGACACACUGGUAUACACUCUAGCCCUGGAAGCAUGUGCUGUUGUAGGGAAGAUGGAGUAAACUGGAAAACAGCAGAGUCUUGAAGGAAAGGGAGCAGUUGAACUUUGGAAACCAAAGGGAGAAAAUGACAAUUUAAAAUUUCACCUAUUUAUAUUAGUUCAUUCUGGUUUGGUGUUGUGGCCAUUUUCCUUAACAAUUCUGUCACAGGGAACAUUCUCUGAUAUGUGAUCCUGAAAAGGGAAUCCCUGGUUCUUGGUUCAACCUUUCAUUCCAUACAGUGGUGCCACUAGAAGGAUGUUUUCAGACAAGCAACAGCAGCUUGUAAGGAUGUGUUAGGAAGAGAAUCCCAGGCUCUAACCCAGACUUACCAAGUCAAAUCUUUGUGGCGGUGCCCAGCAAUGCUUUUAACAGUUCCUCUAGUGAAUCCAGUGUGUGAGAGCCCGUGCUCCAAAAUGUUUGAUGUUUAAAGACCACAAAUAAGAAGCAUCUACAGUCUAAUUCCAAUGUUGACAUUUUCAAAGUUACUUUUCUCGUACUUAGGUUUCUGGGAGUGAAAGCAUGUGCUUUGGGGUAGAAGUCAGGGAAGCUCUGCAUCUUCCCUAUCUGACUGCAGCUUCUAAUAGGAAGCUUCCUGCCUCUGAAAUGUCUACCUGGCAAACUACCGGGCUUCAGUGGAGGAAUCAUGUUAGAGGUCUCAUCCAAAUUGCUGUUCUGAAGUAUUCUUUUUCUGAUAAUACUGUAAGAAAAGUAAAAUAAAAUCUAAUUUGCAUUUCUAUGAUAAACAUUCUCCUGGCAACAACCCUCUCCCUCCUUUAAGUGGUUAAGAGUACUGAUGAGUCUGAGGGCCUAGCCAGAGAGCCUAGCCAGACCCUUCUUCUCCAGGGCAACGGACAGCCAUGGGGCCCCAGUUAUGCCAGAAAGGCCAUGUCUCUACUCUGCCCACAGGGGAGAGUUCUACACAUUGAAAAUAACGUUUCUACAUCCUUAAGUUCAACCUUGCCUUUUCCCACACCAGGACCUAAAUACAGUACUCCGCAAACAAAACAAAAUAAAAUCCUCUCUUUAAAAAUUAUUUUUUCUUUUUUAAGAAAGAGCUUCAUAGAUUUCCAAACUCACAAAUCUAUGGUCUGCUGCUAUGGCCAUGGAAGAGUUGAGACUUUUAGAAGUGGUUUUGUUUCAAAUUUGUCGGUUUCCCUUCUGUAAAAGCACUUUUGUGUAGAGUAUUAAAAAUCACUAGUACUGGUUCUCCUGAGCUCAGGGACUAAGCACUGGAAGGAAGGACUAAAGUCCAAGGAAAGCAAAAGUAAAACAUUUACACUAAAAUCAUCCUCCUUACCAUCCAACCAGCUCCUACAGCAUCAUCCUGCUUCUCUGCAUCCCAGCUCCUAUAGCAUCAUCCUGCUUCUCUGCAUCCCAGCUCCUAUAACAUCAUCCUGCUUCCCUGCAUCCCAGCUCCUGUGGCAUCAUCCUGCUUCUCUGCAUCCCAGCUCCUGUAGCAUCAUCCUGUGUCCCUGCAUCCCAGCUUCUAUAGCAUCACCCUGCUUCCCUGGCAUUUUUCUAAGAAGGAAGAUAAAAGGAGCAAACUCCCACCAGCAGCCAGUUUCUGAUAAUGCUCUGCUGCACCCCACCCCCACUUCCUAAUGUUCGGUUUAUUGCUUUUAACAAAACAAAUUUAUGGUGAGUUCCAGGCCCUGCUGGCUUCCUUUCCUCCCCCUCCCUAUCCUGUUUUACAAAGCAUUGCUCAUGUAAGAGUCUGUUUCUCAAAUGCAUGGCAUUCCUCAGGUGGAGGAUGGGCAAGAAUGUUCACUUUUUCAAACUUACUGGGUAGAAAAUCCCAAACCAGGAUAUGUGUGUGUCUGUGUCUUUGUCUUACUUUCUUCUCAUUUGACCCUUGCCUAUUCCAAUCUGUUCCCUUUUAUACCUGAUGUAGAAAAGGCAGAACUGAAUCCGGAAAGCAAAUUGUUGUAUAUAGUUGCGGUAACAAUCAUGAAGAGAGCUGGGCUGUCCCCUCAGUAAUUCAUUUUAAAUGAAAAAAAAAAAAAAAAAAGAAUUGGU